AAACCUUUUGAAAAAUAUUUUUUCUUCCAACUCAGACAUGAUCUACCCCAGUGCAUCCUCACUGAUCUUCCUAAAUACAAUAUUUUUCAUUUGGGCUGAUUUAAUAUCUGAUAGUGUCAAGCCAUGUUCUGCAAUGGGCAAUUCCACAGCAACUAUGGAGCCUGCCAGUCUGGUAACAAAAAAUCUAUCCACAGACCAUUUAGAGAAGAAAAAGUGUCAUGUAUCCUGUGAUUCUCAAACUAAACUAUUAAGGGAAGAAAAACACUACAUGUGUCGGAAGUUGCAGAAUUCUCUAAUUGAAUAUGCAAGGAGUACCAAGAAAAUGAUACGGAACAUGAUGGAUGAUCACCAGUCUUCUCUAGAUUAUCUCUCCAAUCAGGUUAAUGAGCUUAUGAGCCGGGUUAUGCUUUUAAAUGCAGACCUGUCCAGAAAACCAAUUGAUGUAUUUCCCCAUCGAGCAGUCCAGUCUCAUGGUUUAGAUUGCAGUGAUAUUAAAGAUACCAUUGGUUCAGUUACAAAAACUCCAAGUGGUCUGUACAUAAUCCAUCCAGAAGGAGCAAGUUAUCCCUUUGAGGUAUUGUGUGAAAUGGAUUUUAGAGGAGGGGGAUGGACUGUGAUUCAGAAGAGAACUGAAGGAACAGUUGAUUUUCAAAGGACAUGGUCUGAAUAUUUGGAGGGAUUUGGUGACCUUUCAGGGGAAUUUUGGCUUGGCCUCCGAAAGAUCUUCCACAUAGCAAACCAGAAAACAGCCAGUUUCAUGCUUUACAUAGACUUGGAGUCUGAAGAUGACACGUAUGCGUAUGCAUCAUAUGACAGCUUUUGGUUGGAGGAUGAAGUAUGCUCCUUUAAAAUACAUUUAGGGCGUUAUUCUGGAAAUGCUGGUGAUGCAUUUCGGGGAUAUGGAAAAGAAGAUAAUCAAGAUACAUUACCUUUCAGUACAUUUGAUGUGGAUAACGAUGGUUGCAAUCCAGCCUGCUCUCUCCAAGAACAACCUGUUAAGAGCUGCAGUAACUUUAGUGAGAAAACAGGCUGGUGGUUUAACCAAUGCGGUCUUGCAAAUCUUAAUGGUCUCCACCGGUUCACAAGGAAGAUGCUGGUAUCAGGUAUCCAGUGGGACACCUGGAUGAUGGAUGACAAGCCAGUCAAAAUUAAAUCUGUGUCAAUGAAGAUCAGAAGAACAUACUACAGAUAACAGGAUAAUGUAAUUGAAAUUUGAGAAAUUAGGCUGCCUAAUAGUUCUUCGUGGUGUAAUAUGCAUAACAUUUUAGUAUAGCAAUUUAUUGAAAGGUUGGCGGCCCUUUGCACACUGCUUUACUUUGUAAUUACACUCUUCAGUACAG